GCAGCAGCAGCAGCCCGCACACCACCACCUCCACCACACAGUUUCUAUGUAUGCGCCGUCACAGUGCAGACGGAGGUUGUAAACAUGGCGGCGGACGGGAUGGUGCUCACCAACCACGACCAUCAGACCAGAGUGGGGAUACUGACGGUCAGUGACAGCUGCUUCAAGAACUUGGCUGAGGACAGAAGUGGAGUCAACCUGAAGGAUCUGGUCCACGACCCUUCACUACUAGGGGGAGUCAUAUCAGCCUACAAGAUCGUUCCAGAUGAGAUCGAUGAAAUCAAGGAAACACUUCUGGAGUGGUGUGACGAGCAGGAGCUGAAUCUCAUUCUCACCACUGGAGGAACUGGUUUCGCACCACGAGAUGUGACACCUGAGGCCACCAGAGAGGUGAUCGAGCGGGAGGCUCCGGGCAUGGCUCUGGCCAUGUUGAUGGGAUCACUCAACGUUACACCGCUCGGCAUGCUGUCCAGGCCGGUCUGUGGCAUUCGCGGGAAAACUCUGAUCAUCAACCUUCCAGGGAGCAAGAAGGGUUCCCAGGAGUGUUUCCAGUUCAUCCUGCCCGCUCUGCCUCACGCCAUCGACCUGCUGCGCGAGGCCACCGUCAGGAUCAAGUCCACGCACGCCGCCCUGGAGCAGCUGCCCUCUCCCACCCCUCUGCUGGCCAACACGCACGCCAACACACACAGCAACACGCACACCAUGGAGCGUGGCACCCAGUGCGAGGAGGAGGAGGAUGAGGAGGAGGACAGGAGGCGAGGGCGACACGCUCACAACCACCACCAUCACCACCACCACCAGCAUGGCUCUUCCCACAUCACUGCAGCCGCCAUCGCUGCCAAGACGAGCCAUGCUGUGGUCAUGGCUAAGGGAGCUCCCUACCUACCCGGCAACACACCCGCCCCUCCCACUCAUUUCACCUGUACUCAUCAUGACCAGCAGAUCCCGGACUCGAUCAUUUCUCGAGGCGUUCAGGUGCUUCCUCGAGACUCUGCCUCUUUAAGCUCCACCCCUUCCGAGUCACCACGGGCAACACAGGCGACAUCCCGCCUUUCCACCGCCUCAUGCCCGACACCCAAGGUUCAGUCACGAUGUGGCAGUAAUGAGAACAUUCUGAGAGCCAGCCACAGCGCGGUCGACAUCAGCAAAGUGGCGCGUCGUCAUCGCAUGUCCCCGUUCCCGCUGACGUCAAUGGACAAAGCCUUCAUCACUGUUCUGGAGAUGACGCCUAUUCUGGGAAUCGAAGUCAUUAACUACAGAGUGCUGCUCUCUGCAGAUGGUUUGGGUCGAGUGCUCGCUCAGGACAUCUAUGCCAAAGACAACCUUCCUCCGUUCCCAGCCUCCGUUAAAGAUGGCUACGCUGUACGAGCUGCUGACGGCCCGGGGGAUCGCUUCAUCAUGGGAGAGUCCCAGGCUGGACAACAGCCCACCCACACCGUGAUGCCCGGUCAGGUGAUGAGGGUGACGACCGGGGCCCCGAUCCCCUGUGGGGCCGACGCCGUGGUCCAAGUAGAAGACACAGAGCUGCUGAGGGAGUCCGAGGAUGGAACAGAGGAGCUGGAGGUGAGGAUUAUGGUCCAGGCCCGGCCCGGUCAGGACAUCAGGCCGAUAGGUCAUGACAUCCGGCGAGGAGAGUGUGUUUUGGCUAAAGGAACACACAUGGGCCCGUCGGAGAUCGGCCUGCUGGCCACAGUCGGAGUGACCGAGGUCAGCGUGCACAAGUUCCCCGUGGUGGCCGUCAUGUCCACUGGCAACGAGCUGUUAAAUCCAGAGGACGAUCUCCAUCCAGGGAAGAUCCGAGACUCGAACCGCUCCACUCUUCUCGCCACCAUCCAGGAGCAUGGAUACCCCACCAUCAACCUGGGCAUUGUUGGAGACAACCCUGAUGACCUGCUGUCGGCUCUCCACGAGGGAAUCAGCCGUGCCGACGUCAUCAUCACCUCAGGGGGCGUGUCCAUGGGAGAGAAGGACUACCUGAAACAGGUGCUGGAUAUUGACCUUCAUGCUCAAAUCCACUUUGGACGAGUCUUCAUGAAACCAGGUCUUCCUACUACCUUUGCCACUGUCGACAUUGAUGGGACACGGAAACUCAUCUUUGCUCUGCCAGGUAACCCAGUGUCUGCAGUGGUGACAUGUAACCUGUUCGUGAUUCCUGCUCUGAGGAAAAUGCAAGGCAUUCUGGAUCCUAGACCUACAAUUAUUAAAGCUAGGCUUUCCUGUGAUGUUAAGCUGGAUCCCAGACCAGAGUACCACCGCUGUAUUCUAACCUGGCAUCAUCAGGAACCACUGCCCUGGGCACAAAGCACAGGCAACCAGGUAUCCAGCAGGCUAAUGUCAAUGCGUAGCGCCAACGGCCUGCUGAUGUUACCCCCCAAAACAGAGCAGUACGUGGAGCUGCACAAGGGGGAGGUGGUGGACGUCAUGGUCAUCGGACGGCUAUGAUGCAGACUUCAAUGUCACUCGCUACCGAUUCACCGUGGCAGUGCCAGGACUUCUUGUCUGGACAAGGAAAACGGGCGAGGGCAGGAAGUGGUGCAUGUCUACCUGGUCGCCAUUAGCUGUGAUGUCAUAUGCAACAGCCAAUCGGAGCCAGCGCAGGCUGAGUCCUCAUUGGUCUGCUCUGAGGAGAUCACUGUAUUUCAAUGAAGAAAAAAAAAAAUGUGAAAAAAAUAUAUAAAAUAUGAGAUUUAUUCUGUAAUAUUAUUAUUAUGAUUAUUAUUAUUAUCCUGAUGAUAAUGAUUAUUAAUAUUCUUAAUUAAUAUUCUAUUUAUUAUUAUUAUCAUGGUUCUGAUUGAAUAUUCUCAUCUUAGUAGUAUCCAUGCCCUCUUCUCUCCUGUUCAUUUGCUUUGUGCGUUUGACAUUUUUCCCUGGUAGAUAUAGAGAAAUAGAGACUUGCCCCCUCCUUCCUUCACUCCUCCUGACCUUUUUUAGCCCUUUCUGUCACCCUCCUCCUCCUCCUCCUUCUUUUUCUACUUCUACCUUAACUGCUACUCAGCUCUGGCGUCGUCUAUCCAGAUAUGGAAGCUCCUUGAUAACCCGACCCUGUCGUAUCAGUACUCUCCUCUCAGAUACCGCAUACCGACCCCUGACAUCAGUAGAGACUGAAGAAAAAAAGAGAAAAAAAAAAAACAACGGUUGGGGAAGGCAUUGAAGCUGCUCAUAUAGUUUGUGCCAGUACAGUUAAUAUUGCCAAAAAAAAAAAAAAGGAAAAAUACAAGGAUUCUUUGUAUUUGUUUAUUAUUUUAAGUUAAGUCUUCAUGUACGAUGCUUUUAAACCACACUAAAUCUCAUCAUGACUCUCAAUGAAAGCCAUGAAUUCUUCUUAUUAGCUGGGUCAGUAGGUCAUAUUUAGGAAGAAAAAAAAAGGCAACAGGUUCAUUGGUCUGAUGUCGAAUCAAAAGGUUUUGGUUGUUUUGUACUGCUGCCGAUAUCAGUUUAACCCUGCAUUCAAGUGGUGUUUUACCUACAAGUCUCAAGUUUACAUCAUGAAACCACUUUGAAAACACAAUCGAAAUAUUUAGACUGACGAGUGAAAGGUGAGAGUAAUGUCCUCUUAGCAGACCACUGGUUCUCCCAGAAAAUGAUAGUACUUAAAAGGAUCGUGUUCAGAUUUCAACAAGUUGCUUCUUUUCUGUUGUGAGCUGAACGAUGAGAUUAAUGCCUUCUACCUGUUUCUUCAGAAAGACUGAAAACGGCUCUGGAGGCUGUGUCCAAAGCGAACCAAAUGAAAUAUUAACUCAAAUAGUUCAUUUUGCUGGUUAAUAAGUCAACAUGAAGUUACAUCAAUCAGGAAACUUCAUAGAGACCAGAAGGUGGACUUUCUUACUGCCAGAUCGAUAUGAACCAAGACAGUUUCAUAUCCAGGAUAUUGAUGCAACAGUGGCAUCAAUACAUGAAAGUGCUGACUCAAAGCUGUGAAAUGUUGCCAAACGGUUUCUAUAAUAACUGAGUUUUGCAACAACUUUAAGGAAAAUCAAAUAAGAGGGAGUUUUUCUUUUGGAUUACAAAUUAAAACCGAGAUGUUCUCACUAAUAAUGAACUGUUUAGACAAAAGGCAAAAUGUUGAAAAUAAAGCAAAAAUCUCAACAAGGAAGUAAACAAUUUAAAAUAACUACAGAAGCAUCAAUAUAGAUAAAAGUUUGAAUCUUUUAAAAGGUAAUGGAUAUUGAAUGUCAAUAAUAAUGUGAUCCGUUGAGAUCGAAGCAAGAUUUUUUUGAUGAGGACAAUAUUUAUUACAUUUAUGUUCAGGGAAAGUGACAAAAUAUAGAAAACAUGCAAACAUUUACAGAUAAAAGGUUCACUUUAUAAAUGUUAAGGAGAAUUGUUUACAAAUAAACAAUAAAACAAUAAAUACAACAUGCAAAAAGCCAGUUGAAAUAUUGAAAAGAUAAAUAUGCCUGAUAAAAUCACAAUGUUUACAGAGAUUUUAAAUUGCAAUAAAAAGGGAAAAAAAGUGUCGAUAUGCCGAUGUGGAGACUGAAGUCACGAAGCUCCCAACAAGCUAUUGUCAAAUUUGGGUUUUAGCUGAAGUCUGUAACUUGAAAGUCUUUUAUCAAACUGCAACUCAGUUUGAAUCUCAACAUUUUGUGAUUAAAUAAUCAAAACGAGAACAAAAAAAUAAAUACAGUUCCCCCUAUAACUUGCUUUCACAUGCAACCACACGGCUCAGAAGCAUAGGAAAGAAACUAAAGGCCAAGGAGAGCAUAACCAAUAUGUAAAACUGACUGAACUUUCCAUUUAUGCUGGAGUUUUUCCAGCUCUGGCUUGAUACAUAUUUGGUGCUUCAGUGAAUAUUUCUGGUGACUGGAUGGUGUCUGUUGGAGACAUAAAAAUCUAGACUGUCUUAAUCUGUUUAGGAGCCAAAGAUUACUGUAGUUAGUUUUGAAGGCUAGCUUCUGUUUGGCCAGUUAUUGGCCGACAUCUCAUUUAUUUAUUUUCCAAUCAUAAACCGCUUCAAUCAUCCAAGAGUUGUGACAUACUUGAGUCCCAACUCAAAGGAAACUCUGACCCGGCAUCACUUGAAAGCAGGGUGUCACAUUCAGGUGCUCGUAAACUGCGCUAUUUCUACCACGGCGGUGUUAAGGUGCUCGAUCAAGUCAAAAGAAUCAACACAGUUCAAGGCUGUCAAUCAAGGCGUCACGUGACUGCUUUUCUCUAUGUACUGUACCUAGUCCGAGCGUGUAGAAAAUCUCAUUUGAUAUUCAGCCCACCAAGAACUCCCAAAGUUUCCUCCUGGCGUGAAGUGAAAACAGUUUACCGAUCAACAGAAACCAUCGAGAUGCGUCGGGUGUGGCCCGGGCGUCGCAGUGCGCCACAUUAACUUCUCUCAUUGCUGUGGUCUCGACAAGACUGACUCAACACGGUCAAAGGUCGGAUGCUGCGUUCAGGUCAUAUCAGAUGAAACUGCCACAUUAAAAGAUUUUUUUUUUUUAAAUUGUACUCAACAAUAUCAAGAUGAUAUAAAAGCUAUAUGUUCGAUAAAUCUCCGCUGGUCUGACGGUCGUCUUUUGACUCACAGAAAUAUGAAGUGAACUGUGUAUUCUGCUUACUAUCUUCCUCCAUGACUUGAAUGCAGCAUCAGUCAGUAGUUUUUGAGCUUUGACCGCUCUACUGACAGGCCGACACACUCUACACCGCCCCGCCUUUCCUCUUCUUCCUCAUUGUCCUCUUUUUCCUUCCUCCCCUCUUCUCACUUGCAUGCCCAUAAAGGGGGGCGUGUCUUCCUCUUUGGGCAGGUGUUAUCCUGGGCCGGCCUCCAGAUCUGACCUGAGAUCCUUAAAUAGUGAAAAUGUGAUUACCAGUGCCAACACCGUUUUCGUUUCUUCCUUUUGCUUGGUUCUUAUAAACUUCUCAUUUGCCUCAUCAAACAAGAGAAACGAUAUUCGUCAUUGGCUCAUGCUGCGUUCCUGUGAAGAAAGACAGAAGUAGGGAGCAAAAAAAAAAACA